AUGGACAUCGCCACCGACCUCCGCGACAUCAUAGAUUGCCCGCCCACAGAAGCCCCUUAUACUACCCUAAAGGAGGCUCUCAUUUCCCGCAUUUCCCUCUCAACGCAAAAACGUCUCCAACGUUUAAUUUCUGAGGAGGACCUCGGUGACAGGAAGCCUACGCAGCUUCUUAGGCGUUUGGAGCAGUUGGCAGAUGGACAAAAUCUGGAUGCCACCAUGUUCAAACAACUGUUCCUCCAACGGUUGCCUCCUUCUGUGCAAGCCAUCCUUGCGCCUAACAUUCCUUCAUCGACUGUUCAGAUGCUCGCGGAGACUGCUGACCGUAUACUCGAGUACUACCAGCCUCCUGUUACGGUUAAAGUCGUUAGUCGAAGCACAACUGCCCCCACAAUCGAGGAUGUCGUCAAACGCCUGGAUGCCCUCACUCUCGAAGUUUCCCAGCUCCGGGCCACUCGUGUCUAUAACUCUCGUAGUCCUGCAAUUUCUCGCCGCCCGAGAUCUCCCAUUCCAAACAAACCUACAGUUGAUGGUUUCUGUUGCUAUCAUCACAAUUAUGGUUCUAACGCCCAUCGCUGCCACUCUCCGUGCAAAUAUAAAACACCAGCGUCGGAAAACUCCCCGGCCGACCAGUAA